CUUGAGGAUCUGAGUAUUAGUGAAAUGGUUGGCAUCAAACACAUUGUUAGCAACAGAGGAGGCAACACACAGCAAACAUUCCCUGCAUUGAAGUUUCUAGAGUUAAAAAAUAUGGAAAACCUAGAGGGGUGGUGUGUGCAGGAGGGUAGAGAAGCAAAUUUGUCCUUGUUUCCAUACCUCAUUUGGAUGAGUAUUAAAGGAUGCCACAAGUUGACAACCAUGCCACCAGAGAUUUUACCUCGUCUUGAGGAUCUCAAAAUGUAUGAAAUGGAUGGCAUCAAGCACAUUGUUAACAACAGAAGAGGCCACGCACCCCAAUCAUUUCCUGCUUUGAAGAAGCUAUGGUUAGAAAAAUUAACAAACCUAGAGGCGUGGUGUAUGGAUGAGGGUAUAGAAGCAAAUCCGUACUUGUUUCCAUGCCUCAUUUGGAUGAAUAUUAAAGGAUGCCCCAUGUUGACGACAACCAUGCCCCCCAUUCCAACUCUCCAAGAGUUACAUAUGGAGAAUUCAUUCUGUGAGACACAAAUCUCUAGCAUGUCCAAGGAAAGAAGGUUUUUCAAGCAUUUGGAAUCUCUUCAUAGUUUGAAGAUAUAUUCUUGUGCUGAGGAGUUGGUUUUGUUGCUGCAAGAUGAAGAGGAAACAAGAGCCAUGAAGUCAUCACUUCAGCAUUUAUCUAUUCGCAAUUGCAAACAGCUAUCCUUGGCAUUGGUUUUGCAGAACCUUAAAUCUCUAAGAGACCUGCGUGUGAAUUCGAUUGAAAAUCUAGUGUCCGGGCCAGACGAGAUGCAAGGUUACGAUUCCCUCAAUCAUCUGAUGAUUAUUUCUUGUAAAAAUUAUACUGGUGCAUCAUCACAAGGCGACUGUGGUCCACCGUUUCUAAAGCAUCUUGAUGUUUUUGACUGUGAUGCCCUGAGAGCAUUGCCCAUGUGCCCCAAAUCACUCCAAAUGUUGGUUAUUCACAGUUGUCCAGGCAUGGAGUCUUUGGGGCCAGAAAUGGGACACCUUACUUCACUAUGCAAUUUACAAGUAUCUAAUUGUCCCAAGCUGGUGUCUCUACCUGAUGGGAUGCAAGCCCUCACUUCCUUUAAGUCUCUACGUAUUAUAGGUUGUCCGGCGCUGAAGUCAUUCCCAGAAGGCCUGCAACAACUUCUUCCUACUCUAAAAGCACUAAUAAUCAAAGGAUGCCCGGAGCUAGAGAGGUUAUGCAAGCCUGGAGGAGACUAUUACAACCUUCUCUCUUCCAUCUCAUAUAAACAAAUAGGAGGACAGCCAGAAGAGGCAAUUCGAUAUCCUCAUGUGAUUAUUACUGAUGCCAAACAAGCUUUGAAGUGCGUCACCACAAAACACUUCCUUCUAUCUGUUGUUUUGGUUUGUGCAAUUGCCUCUUUCAUAAAUUUCCUUUUCAACGAAUUUGAUAGUCAGAAUGAGCAAGAUAUUUGGUUUGUCCCACCAACAUGAAGACAAAAACUCAGGGAGUCUAACUAAGAAAGACAUGGGAACAAAUCAUUUCCAACUAUCAGUUCAAUUGUCUGUGUUGAAAACCAAUCUAAGGAAUGAGUUCAAUUCACUUCCCUGCUCCUCCAUUCUCACAGGCAGAACUCCUACAUUGGCUGCAGCUUCAAUGAAGAAAGACCAUUCUGGGAAGAAGAGAUGAGAUUGGAGAAAAGUUUGAAGAGAAGAGAAGCCUCGUUCCUUUCAUUCAAUUGUGUAAAAGAUCAAAGAGAUGGAGAUCCAUUUGUAAACUAUUUAUGCAAACAUUGAUCAAUGUUUUUAUAUU